AUGUCAGGGAUACACUUUUUGGCUGGUAUUUGUACAGACGAUUAUGUUUUACUCGCCGCUGACCGUGCUUGUUUUGCCCAUGGAGCCAUCCUUGUUUCAGAUGAACAAGAUAAAAAAUUCAAAUUGGGAGACAAAUUGGUGAUGCUAUGCAUUGGAGAAGAUGGUGACGUUGAUCAGUUUGGCGAUUGGACGCAAAGGAAUAUCCAGCUGUACAAAAUUCGUUAUGGAUACGAAAUGAGCCCUCGGUCUUGUCAUCAUUGGAUCCGGAGAAGUAUUGCGAACUCUCUACGGACUGAAGAUUAUUAUACAGUAGACACAUUAAUUGGUGGUUAUGACGACUAUAAGAAAAAGGCAUUUUUGGGUUCAGUAGAUUACCUGGGGAAUGGUGUUGCAGAUCAACCGUAUUUGUUCCGAGGAUUCUGCGGGAGGUUUUGCUACGCAAUAUUGGACAGAGUUUACCGAAAUGAUAUGUCAGAAAAUGAAGGUCUCGAUGCUUUGAAGAAGUGCUUGGAAGAGUGUAAACGAAGAUUUAUAGCGAACCUUUCUUCGUACCAGGUAAUGAUAAUAGAUAAAAAUGGUUUCCGGCAGUUGGAAGACAUGAAGCUGUGA